UCGGUUCCCUCUUGUCUGGAAAAAGCUCUCCGGGAUCUUGAAGCUCGAUCGACGGGGUGCGUUCUUCGAGUGUGUGGUUUAAAAAUAAAUUCUGGAGUGGAAGGGGUGUGGGGAAAAAAACGGGAAAACCCAGAGUGAAGCGCUCUGGGAAAAUCUUUGAAGAAAAAAAGGGAAAGUGAAAUUUGUUCAUCAAAGUUGUGUGUCGGUGAGCUUUAUUGUUGGUUGGUUUAGAGGGGAGGAAAAUUUAUUAGCCUUCACUGUGUGAUGGAAUCGCCACUGUGUUGUGUGGUGCGAAGGAUGUAAAGCAAAAUCACGGAAAACUCUUUAAAGGCCGACAAACAAAGAGGAAAACCUCGCUGGAAGCUGGGUGGGAUCCGGUGAAGCAACAGUUUCUUUUAAUGUUUGCGUGAGGAUCCUUUUAUUUUUUGUUGUUGCUUCUUUAGAGUGAUUAUUGUGUGGGUGUGGGAUAAAGAGGCUCAACUGAAAGAAUAAAAAGAAAGGUAAAUCCCAAAGCAUGUGGAGCCUGUCGUUGUCAGAUUCGCACAAUUAAAGGAGAGGAAAAGCCGAGGGAAAACAAGCAUUUCCCAUGCUGAUGCUGUUGCUGCAGCAGUAGAGGUGGUCCGUUAAUGGAAAAGCAAAGAGCUUUUCAGUGAGGCGAGAUAAAAAUGGGUGUGCAUGAGUGUGUGUGAUUUUUCCAAGUGAAAAUAACAAAGCGCAAAAAGUAAAUAGAGCACGAAAAAUCCAAGUGUGUUUGUGGAGUUUUCACGUGGGAAAAAAGGAUGUAAAAUUAAGCGAUUGUAAAGCAGUCCUGGGAUUGGAAAUGUGGCGUCCGUUGUCUAUUUGGUGUCGCUGCGAGGCUAUUUAGAGGGAUUACUGUGCCAGGGCACCUUGGCAGGAUAUACGGACAGUGCCGGAACGACUGCUGGAAAGUAAUUAGACAAACUUAAGAUAUCAUCUUCCUGGCACAGCAGUGUGUUACCCGUGCCGGCUGGGGUUUCCGGUGCCGGCGGGUGUCCGUCCUCUAGAGUCCUCCCGUAUGACACCUCGUUCCCCAGCUCGUGACAGAAGUGCCAGUUGUUGCAUCGGAAGAAGAACUAGGUGGCAAGGGUGGUCGGGGUGGUGCCAGGUGGGCUAUGCAUGUCCGCGGCGGGUCGCAAUGGCAGAGCCGUCGAAAAACGUCCCUGGGGCCGCUGCGGCGUGCCCAUCCGGCUUCCGGUGCGACCUGGAACGUGCAGGUUGUGCGCGGCAAGAUGACAUCCCGGUGCCUGUGGCACGCCUGCCGGGCCCUCGUCCUCGGCAUCGUGCUGAUGAUGGUCGGCGGCGGAAUGGCCACCGUUGGAUACUACGCCAACAACUUCCCGUCGCUGUCGGACGUUAAGAGCAACAGCACCACGACGGUUCGCGUCAAGAACGAGCACCGCGGACUGCACCUGAACAACCUGUCCUACGUCGGACCCAUCAUCAUGGGCGUUGGCGGCUUCAUUGUGGUGGCGUCCUGCGUGAUGACGUUCGAGGCCCGAGAUUCCGCAGCCAAGGUGGUCCCAGCCCGGUUCAAGCUCAGUGGAAACGCCCGGAACAGCAGCAGCCGAAAUAAUGCAUCCCGCCGGUCCACGACAGGCAUCGCCAACGGUCCCAGUACGGCCCAGACGGCCCGCUGGGAGCAACAUCUGGGGGUGUUCCGAACGUCACCGGCCGUGGAACAGGUGCCAGAUCGGAAGGCACUGACGGCGGCCUUGGUUCACUUCUCCCGAGCACUUGGAACUCCUAAGGCAACUCGUCCCUCGUCGCCGUGCGAAAGCAGCCGCCGCGUGUCCCGGAGUGGUUCGGUGCCCAAUUUGACAGGUGACAAGCUCGAGGAACCGGGCAGCCAUCACCAUCAGCACCUCCACCAUCACCUCCAGCAGGCGGCAUCGGGCGUGGGUUCGCCGGCCGGGGUGCGGUCCGUCGUGAGAACUCACCGGGGAUCGCGUGUCAGCAGCAUGGUCCAUCGGUCAACGCGAGAAACCAACGGUGGCAGCAGUCUGCUGCACCCGGGCAUGUUGCACAUUCAUCGGCACGCGCAAUCCUUCGACGAGCCGGAACCGUUCCCCAAAACCCUCAACCAGACCGGUUCGCACGGCUCGAUGAUGCACUACGGCUGCCCGACGGACAUUCCCAUCGUGCACAAGCUGCGUGACCGGACGAAGCGCUCGGACACCGCCCGAAAGCAUGUCCUGUCGCGGCAAACCAAAAUCGAAAAGGAGGACCCGGGCAGUCCCAAACCCGGCCAGGGUGCCCAUCAGCAACAGGUACAGCAGCAGAACCCGUUUGCCGCAAGUCGGCGCUCGUCGACCAUUUCGAAUGCGUCCACGUCGAAGCUGAACAAAAGCCGGCGUGCCUCAACCAUUAGCAAAACGCCCAGCGUAGAUUCGAGGGGCGCGGCCUCCACGGUCGAGGUGAACAGCCCGGAGCGGUCAUUGCUGGCGAUGACGACGCCCCGGAAGGCCAAGGACGGACAGAUGGCCCAGACGCCGUCGGUCGAGCGGGAGUGCCGGAGCCAACUGUCCAUCUGUUCGGAGCCGGCCCCGAUCCGCAACCUAUCCUGUCAAUCGAGCUUAGAACCGUGUGUGCCCGAAGAGGACAGCCCGGAGCUGGAGGAUCCUCCGCCACCACCCCGUAAAAUAUCCCCCGCUGCUACCUCCGAAGUCCUUCCCGCCGCCGCAGUGCGUCCCGAUUCGCUGGUCCUGGACGGCGAUGGUCAGUCGGCUGGCAACGAGAAGACAAAUCGCUUCCUGUAUCGAAGCAACUCGACGAAGAGCUUCCGCAAGCCGAAGCCGAAAAUCAAGAGCAAAAAACUGAGCAACGAAUUCGACCAGAUUUACGUUAUUAGCAGUGGUGAGCAUGGUGGUGGUCAAUCUGGUGGGGGGACCGGAAGUCGUUUUCCUAAUUUCUACCACGCAAAGGACGACGAGUGUUACAACUCGAUUGAGGUGAUCCACGAGCGGCGGAGCAAGAACUUUAGCAAGUUCAACAGUGUGUGUGGUGGCGGGGAUGAACCGUUGGAGGCGGAGUUGAGGUCGGAGCCGGAGGUUGUGGGGUUGGGGUCAAACAAGUUCAGCGUGGUGGCAGACAUCUCACCGGCCAUGGCCAAUCUCGCGGGAAGUCAGGAGAAGCUGCUCCCGGAAGAGGCGCCCCUCAAAAGCUGUGCCAUCGAUUCGGCAGAACAGCGACUGCUAAGUGGAUCGACGGAGGACGAAGACGAUGAAGUGGGACUUGCUAAAACGUCGGGACGGCAUGUCGCCGAUCACAAUGGCUCCAUUCAGCGGUAUGACACGGUUAUCUACAAUGCAGCUGGAGCUGGAGCCGGUGGUAGCAGCAGUGUUGAAAGUGAAGAAACUCCCGAGGCUGACAAAGAGGUCGACUAUUGUGGGCUGCUUCCCGAAGGAGGACCACCUGGUGGAGACAAUGGCCACGAUGAUGGUGUCACCUCCGCUGGGACAGGGACUAAACUAAGUGAAGAAGGCGAAGGUGUGGGUGGUGAUGAUGAUGACGGUAAUAAUAUCAUUAGCAGGCAGUCGUGUGUGUGAGUGAAAGAAGAAUGCUGCUGCUGUGACAUGGACCACAGACGACGGUGUGAGUUAAAAGCUGCUGCUGCUGCUGUGACAAGGGUUGAACGGUGGCACGUUAUUUGUUAAUUUUAAGGUGAACAGAUUACGGUCGCUUUUCUGGAGGGGAGAUUUUUAUCUUUUGCUGGUUUGGAAGAGGGUGUUUUGAACAUUUUCGCUAGAUAUCUCCUUCAACUAGAAUUGCUAGUGUGAACAUUUUUAU